AUGACAAGUCCUGUGAGUGACAGUGCGUCGCCGUGGGUCGACGCGCUGCUGAGCCAUGCGCAUCUCACGAUGGACGAUAUAUCUGGGAUAAUCAAGAGCUUUACUAUUACAGGCGUGCGUACGACCUACCUAACGUCGCAGUUUAGUGAACUUGGCGAUAAGACUUUCCUGGUCAGUGCGAUCCUUGCGAUGCGGCACUCGCCAGUUGUCGUGUUCUGGGGCUGCUGGAGCGCGAUGAUCUGCAUGUCUGUGCUGUCUAGCCUGAUGGGUGCGAUUCUGCCGGCGCUACUAUCGCCCCGCACUGCGCACUGGAUUACAGCGUUGCUGUUUUUGGGGUUCGGUGUGUACACGCUGUAUCAGGGACUGCAUAUGACGGGCAACGAAAUCAACGAAGAGUGGAAAGAAGCCCAGGAAGAGAUUCAGGCUGACGAAGAAGACCACGAAAUGGAUGUGCUGGAGCGAGGCGAGGAGCCACAGAGUAAUCCGAACGUCAAGCACUAUCCACGAGAAUCGCUCGAGGAGAGUCGGGCCGAUAGGACAGACAGGACGCCAGCCCUGCUGCCGCCCAAAGCAGCAUCAAUGGGUGCGUACCUGCGUGAAGGAACACGCAACUUGAUGAGCUUCUUGUUUAACCCUGUGUUUUCGCAGGCGUUUUUGCUCUCGUUCUUAGGCGAAUGGGGCGAUCGUAGUCAGAUCACGACUAUGGCCCUCGCUGCAACACAUCGUGUCUUCAUAGUCGCGAUUGCGACCAGCCUUGCCCAUCUGGCAUGUAUUGCAAUAGCAGUAUCGGCAGGCGCCUUGUUAGCAUCGCGCCUAAGCGUGCGUCACUUAACGAUCGGUGGCGCGAUCUUCUUCUUGUUAUUCGGGUGUGUGGCCGCGUACGAGGCCAUGUUCCUGCUCCCGUGGAACUAG